UCACCUUGUACCCAAAGUCACUCGCACAGACUGGUGAAAAAAUCAUCUUAAGAGAGUUUUAGUUUUUCACGUUAUCAUUCAAAGGCCUAGGUACACCAGUUCAAGAUGAAGUUAAACAUUUCUUAUCCAGCCAACGGUACACAAAAGUGUAUUGACAUCGAAGAUGAACACAAGUUACGUGUUUUCUACGAAAAGCGUAUGGGCCAAGAAGUCGAAGGUGACUCCGUCGGUGACGAAUUCAAGGGCUACAUUUUCAGAAUCACUGGUGGUAACGAUAAGCAAGGUUUCCCAAUGAAACAAGGUGUUAUGCACCCAACCAGAGUUAAGUUGUUGCUUGCCAAGGGUCACUCUUGUUACAGACCAAGAAGAACCGGUGAACGUAAGAGAAAGUCCGUCAGAGGUUGUAUUGUUGCCCAAGACUUGGCUGUUCUUGCUUUGUCCAUUGUCAAGCAAGGUGACGCUGAAAUCGAAGGUUUGACUGACACCACCACCCCAAAGAGAUUGGGUCCAAAGAGAGCCAACCACAUUAGAAAGUUCUUCGGUCUCACCAAGGAAGAUGACGUCAGACAAUUCGUCGUUAGACGUGAAGUCGUCAAGGGUGAAAAGAAGUACACCAAGGCUCCAAAGAUCCAAAGAUUGGUUACCCCACAAACUUUGCAAAGAAAGAGAGCUUUGAAGGCUCAAAAGAUCAAGAACUCUCAAGCUCAAAGAGAUGCUGCUGCUGAGUACGCUCAAUUGUUGGCUCAACGUUUGCACGAACGUAAGGCUGAAAGAGCUGAAAUCAAGAAGAGAAGAGCUUCUUCUUUGAAGGCUUAAGUUAAUACGUAUACAAUAUAAAAUGUUAUAUUUUAACUUCUUGUCUUGUUUAUUGUGUAUUUAAUAAAAAAAAUAUCGGUUUA